AUGCCUGUGCGCAGGGGGCAUGUGGCACCGCAAAACACAUUUCUGGGGACCAUCAUACGGAAAUUUGAAGGGCAAAAUAAAAAAUUUAUCAUUGCAAAUGCCAGAGUGCAAAACUGUGCCAUCAUCUACUGCAACGAUGGUUUCUGCGAGAUGACUGGUUUCUCCAGGCCAGAUGUCAUGCAAAAGCCGUGCACCUGUGACUUUCUCCAUGGGCCUGAGACCAAGAGGCAUGAUAUUGCCCAAAUUGCCCAAGCAUUGCUGGGGUCAGAGGAGAGGAAAGUGGAGGUCACCUACUAUCACAAAAAUGGGUCCACUUUCAUUUGUAACACUCACAUAAUUCCAGUGAAAAACCAAGAGGGCGUGGCUAUGAUGUUCAUCAUUAAUUUUGAAUAUGUGACAGAUGAGGAAAACGCUGCCUCCCCAGAGAGGGUAAACCCAAUAUUACCAGUCAAAACUGUAAACCGGAAACUUUUUGGGUUCAAAUUCCCUGCUCUGAGAGUUCUCACUUACAGAAAGCAGUCUUUGCCACAAGAAGACCCUGAUGUGGUAGUAAUCGACUCAUCUAAACAGAGUGAUGAUUCAGUAGCCAUGAAGCACUUCAAGUCUCCUACAAAAGAGAGCUGCAGCCCCUCAGAAGCAGAUGAUACAAAAGCCUUGAUACAGCCCAGCAAAUGUUCCCCUUUGGUGAAUAUAUCUGGACCUCUUGACCAUUCCUCUCCCAAAAGGCAAUGGGACCGACUCUAUCCCGACAUGCUGCAGUCAAGUACCCAGCUGACUCACUCCAGAUCAAAAGAAAGCAUUUGUAGUAUACGGAGGGCUUCUUCAGUUCAUGAUAUAGAAGGAUUCAGUGUUCACCCCAAGAACAUAUUUAGAGACCGACAUGCCAGUGAAGACAAUGGUCGCAAUGUCAAAGGGCCUUUUAAUCAUAUCAAGUCAAGCCUCCUGGGAUCCACAUCAGAUUCAAAUCUCAACAAAUACAGCACCAUUAACAAGAUUCCACAGCUUACGUUGAAUUUUUCAGAUGUCAAAACUGAAAAAAAGAAUGCAUCCCCUCCUUCUUCAGAUAAAACCAUUAUUGCACCCAAGGUUAAAGAUCGAACACACAAUGUGACAGAGAAAGUCACCCAGGUUCUCUCUUUAGGAGCAGAUGUCCUGCCAGAGUAUAAACUGCAGACCCCACGCAUCAACAAGUUUACAAUAUUGCACUACAGCCCCUUCAAGGCUGUCUGGGAUUGGCUUAUUCUGCUAUUGGUCAUAUACACUGCUAUAUUCACGCCCUACUCCGCAGCCUUUCUCCUCAAUGACAGAGAAGAACAGAAAAGACGAGAAUGUGGCUAUUCUUGUAGCCCUUUGAAUGUGGUGGACUUGAUUGUGGAUAUUAUGUUCAUCAUAGAUAUUCUAAUAAACUUCAGAACAACAUAUGUAAAUCAGAAUGAAGAAGUGGUAAGUGAUCCAGCCAAAAUAGCAAUACACUACUUCAAAGGCUGGUUCCUGAUCGACAUGGUUGCAGCAAUUCCUUUUGACUUGCUGAUUUUUGGAUCUGGUUCUGAUGAGACAACAACAUUAAUCGGUCUUCUGAAGACAGCUCGACUCCUUCGUCUUGUGCGAGUGGCCAGGAAACUUGAUCGAUAUUCAGAAUAUGGAGCUGCUGUUCUAAUGCUCUUAAUGUGCAUAUUUGCCCUGAUAGCUCACUGGCUGGCUUGCAUUUGGUAUGCAAUUGGAAAUGUAGAAAGGCCCUACCUGACUGACAAAAUUGGAUGGUUGGAUUCGUUGGGACAACAAAUUGGGAAACGUUACAAUGACAGUGACUCAAGUUCUGGACCAUCCAUUAAAGACAAAUACGUCACAGCACUUUAUUUUACCUUCAGCAGUUUAACCAGUGUAGGAUUUGGGAACGUGUCUCCUAACACCAAUUCGGAGAAAAUCUUUUCAAUCUGUGUCAUGUUGAUCGGCUCACUAAUGUAUGCAAGCAUUUUUGGGAAUGUAUCUGCAAUUAUCCAAAGGCUAUACUCGGGAACUGCCAGGUACCACAUGCAGAUGCUUCGAGUAAAAGAAUUCAUUCGCUUUCACCAAAUCCCCAACCCCCUGAGGCAACGGCUUGAAGAAUAUUUCCAGCACGCAUGGACAUACACCAAUGGCAUUGACAUGAACAUGGUCCUAAAGGGCUUCCCAGAAUGUUUACAAGCUGACAUUUGUCUACAUCUCAACCAGACUUUGCUGCAAAACUGCAAAGCCUUUCGGGGGGCGAGUAAAGGUUGCCUUAGAGCUUUGGCAAUGAAGUUCAAGACAACCCAUGCACCUCCAGGAGACACCCUGGUUCACUGUGGGGAUGUCCUCACUGCACUUUAUUUCCUAUCCAGAGGCUCCAUUGAAAUCCUCAAAGAUGACAUUGUGGUAGCUAUUCUGGGAAAAAACGAUAUCUUUGGAGAAAUGGUUCAUCUUUAUGCUAAACCGGGGAAGUCUAAUGCAGAUGUGAGAGCUCUUACAUACUGUGACUUGCAUAAGAUCCAGAGAGAAGACUUGCUAGAAGUUCUGGAUAUGUAUCCUGAGUUUUCCGAUCACUUUCUCACAAACCUAGAGUUGACUUUUAACCUAAGACAUGAGAGUGCAAAGGCUGAUCUCUUACUACGAUCACAGUCCGUGAAUGAUUCUGAAGGAGACAACUGUAAACUACGAAGAAGGAAAUUCUCAUUCGAUAGUGAAGGAGAUAAAGGGAACAGUACGAAUGGUCCUGAAGACUCUAUAGAUACCAUAAGACAUUAUCAGAGUUCCAAGAAACACUUUGAAGAGAAAAAAAGCAGAUCUUCAUCUUUCAUCUCCUCCAUUGAUGAUGAACAAAAGCCUCUCUUCUCAGGAAUAGUAGAUUCUCCUCCAGGAAUGGGGAAAGCAGCUGGACUCAAUUUUGUGGAAGGAGGGCCCACCUCAGGAAGAAUUCACAUAGAUAAAAGAAGUCAGUCUUGCAAAGAUAUUGCUGACACAAGAAGCUGGGAACGAGGAAAUGCACAGACUGGGGCUGACGAGUCUAGUCCCUCAGGACUUCAGCGAGCUGCCUGGGGGAUCUCUGAAACCGAAAGUGACCUCACUUAUGGGGAAGUGGAGCAAAGAUUAGAUUUGCUUCAAGAACAACUUAACAGACUUGAAUCCCAAAUGACUGCUGACAUCCAGACCAUCUUACAGUUGCUACAGAAACAAACCACCGUGGUCCCCCCAGCCUACAGCAUGGUAACUGCUGGAGCGGAGUACCAGAGACCGGUCAUUCGCCUGAUGAGAACCAGCCCACCCGCAGCAUCCAUCAAGACGGACCGAAGUUUCAGUCCUUCCUCACAAUGUCCUGAAUUUCUAGACCUUGAAAAAUCUAAACUUAAAUCCAAAGAAUCCCUCUCAAGUGGGGUGCAUCUGAACACAGCUUCGGAAGACAACUUGACUUCACUUUUAAAACAAGACAGUGAUCUCUCUUUAGAGCUUCACCCUCGGCAAAGAAAAACUUACCUUCAUCCAAUUAGGCAUCCUUCUUUGACAGAUUCAUCCCUAAGCACUGUAGGAAUCUUGGGUCUUCAUAGGCAUGUUUCUGAUCCUGGUCUUCCGGGGAAAUAAUCAUUUUGUACUAUUUACUCACAUACAAUCUUUCCAAAUGGCCAGCAUCUCUGACAUUGUGGAAGGGGCACACCUGGAAAUAAAAGUAGCACAUCGGCAAGGACCCUCUUCAUCCCCUAACUGUAUGGCACAUCAUAGUAAUGUAGGAGUGCUGCCAAUGUCUAGUUGCUAUAUAUCCAGAUACACAAAAGCACAUUUGAGUUUUGAAUGCUCGCAAAAUAAUACACAAAGCUGCAAAUUACCAAGCUACCUGGGUAAAAGGAAUGCUAAGUAAUAUAAGGUUCUUUUCUUCAUAUGCCAGUAAAAUAUGUUUUUUAAAACAAGUAGAAAAAGACAUGGCAAGAAACACUUAAAAGCACAGACUUCCCAGCAUCCAAAUAAUGAGUUGAUAGUGAGUCAGAAAUUUUUCAUUAAGUAUCCUAGUGUUUUGCUGGAAAGUAGUUUUGUGCUCAGUUUUCUAAAUUACAGGAAAAAAUUAACUUAAUAUAUGGACAUAUGUGAUGUUAUAACCUUAUUCUAGUCUACAAAUUGCCUAAACAAUAUUCGUUUAAAAUCCUCUCUGCAUUCAUCACUAUACCAGAAGCUCUAAAUAUUUGGUUUUUUCUUUGUAUCAUCUAAUUUUAUUAUAAAGUCUAGACAUAUUCUUAGGUGAUAGCUUAGCAUAGUACAUUUAUUUCAAAGUGCUUACAAGACCAAAAAAAAAAUGUGAUUUUUAAAUACAAGUUUCAAAGUACUAAAAUACCUGUGGUUGUAUUUUAACAUUUAAGAGAAAAAAAUCCUAAGCUGAAAGCAGUCUUGGAUUUUUACUCACUAAAUAUAAUUAUCAGACUUUCACAAAUGUAUUCCUACUAAGUUCCCAGAAAAGUGUUACAAAUAGGAGAAAACAUAUCAUCUAUGAAUCUGUCAAACAUAAAAUGACAAAAGAAAAGCACAUUUCUGACAAACAGUAUGUAUUUAGUUUGUCCAGUUUAGUAAUGCCAGAAGAGUACAGUGAACUUGAUUUGUAUAUUUUACUUAAAUUGAUUUUUUGUCACUUUUUAAAUUGCACAGACUUUCAACUACAUUAAUAAAUUCUACUUUCUUCCAGGGUGAAUACCUUUUCUGGAAAUAAACAUAUUGUUUGACAUUUUUAAAUUACUUUUUGUUUCUGAAUGCAUGCCUAAAUAGAUCAAAUGAGCACCGUCCUUGAAAUUACACUUAAAGUGGACCAAAUUAAGAUUCCAAUAGUAUUGAUUUCCCCUUGAUGUAAUUUAACAUGUGUAAACUGCCACUCAAAAUAGAAGUGCAAUACCUGACAUUUAAUCAUUUGGCAGUGUUUUAGGCAUAGGCGAAUUACUGCACUGUUAUUUGAACUGAAGCAUCUCAUAUAUGUAACAGAUUUUGUAUGAUACAAAACUUUACAGCAAGCUAUUUGAAUGUUUAUUAAAAAAUUCUCAAAAUGACAUGGAAACAUGUUUACUGUAUAAAUAAAAGCACUUAGAUGUUAAGAGUGGACAUUAUUCAAUAAUUUACAUCAUUACAAGAAAACUGGGUGUGAGUUAAACAGUACAAACCACCACACUAUAUUCAUAUUCCAGUCAUUGUUCAUCAUCAGACUAUGUAAUUUUUACUUUAGUGAUGGAUGUCUGUUUACAUCAAUUAUCUUUAGAGCAUCAAAAAGUGAACUGCAUUUCAUUUGUAUAAAAAUCCAAGUAAAAUAAUGCCUAAUGUUUGGUAAGAUUAUCUAUUUAAUGGAAAGCACAAAAGAACUGAUAAUUAAGUGGGAUUGGCAUAGAGAAUCAGUUUUGCUAGAGAAAGGAGUUCUGUGGUCAAAAAAAGUUUGGAAAAACCGGGUCAAGUAAAAGUAGACAGGAUUUUAUGUACCUCAGGCUUUAUCAAGCUCCCUGAAAAGGAUGAAAAUUUCCCAAAUAUGUCUGAUCAUCAAAACUACUUCACAGAAUUCCUGUGACCAAAAUUCGUAGGAACACCUUUAGAAAAGGAUGUUAGAGAAUCAUAUAGAAAGUUCUAAUACAAAGUGUUUGGCAAAAACUUAUAUGAAUAAUACCAUAUAUCAUUUUUAAAGUUUCGUCUCAACUGUUAGCCUCCAAAUAAGAGAAAGUACAGCAGACCUCAGAGCAGUACAAUGACUAGAUUACCUAUAAGUUGGAUGUUAAGAUCCCAGGCUGUUGAGUCAUAUUAUCACCCUUAUU